CUGGUGGGUGGUGGAACGCUGAGGUGUAUGAAGACUGAGGCGAGAGCUCCCCUAUCGGGAGUAAGGCAGUGCGAAGGGAUGGAGGAUGUAGAUUGACGCAAAAAUUCUGUUACCAUGAGGGAAAGAUGCUUUGAAAGUCCUCAGUUCCUGUUUAUCUUCUGCAAAGGAAAGGCUUCAAGAGUUGGUUAUAAGGUCUGGUGCCCCUUAAGACUGACUCCCCUUAGAACCUCUGCUGGGUAAAAAGCUCUGUGAAAGAACAGAGCUCUCUGACUGUUUCUCAACACUGACGUUAAUGUCAAAUGUAUGGAAAAUGAACCACAACAAUUAAUUGAUGUGGUUUUAUAUAUAUCUUCUACCUGAUUUUGUUUCUCCUAUUUGUUGAUUUUUAAGACUGAACAAACACGCAUAUCCAAAUGCUAACGCAAAUGAAGAAUACCAUUACUGAAUAUUCUGAAAAGUACCACUGGCAGAAAAGCACAUUGGAAACAUGACAGUGACGUGACACUAAAGUAUCCUCAUYUGUUUCUCUAGUUGUGAUGUACUUGAUGCUCUGAUCAAACGAUAUUGUAACAACUGAUAGGCCUGAUAACAAGACCUAUCCUUAUUACUGUCCCAUUUUUGUUAUGUUCAAUCCACUCUUAAUUUGAUGUUAUUGGUGGUUGGCCUCCAGUGUUUUCGUAGCACCACCUGUAUUCAGCAUCCUACCCUAGGAUUACCAUUAGUGGGAAUGGCUUGCUCCCUAAUGGAUGAGCAAGUAUGGCCGGUUGUUCCCCUGCCACCAUUCCCCAUUGAUCCUAUCAUGUGAAUCACUAUAGCCUGUUAUGAGUCCUAAUUUGACUUGUAUUUAUUUAUUUUUAUACUUAUUUUAAAGCAACAUUUACAUGCCAGUUUACUUGUUGAAAGGCUACGGCACAUUCCCUAUGUUCUGAGAGCAAAAUGGAAUGACUAGCUAUUUUCUAGAAUGAAUCUGGUGUCACGUAAAAAGGAAGUCUACAAUGCAACGCCCAUGGUAUUAUAUAGCAAGGACGAAAUGAUCUUCUCCUGUCAGACAGUUCUAUGUUGCACCUAAUGGAGCCUGCAACAGAUCGCUCAUGUAUUAACUGUCCAGUACUUUCUCAGAGUGGAAUGCCUGUCAGUAUUGUCAGUGACGGGAGUAAGAAUGAAGAGAAAUCAAACGUUACUCCUAAAUAUGUCAGGGUAUCGCUACCAUCUUCACCAUUUGCAGUUUAAUCCUGUCUGCAUUUUUUUUUUUUUUUUUWACAAGGAUGUAUAUAAUUAUUUGAAGUGCAUUUAAAUAUUUUUGAUUAGCAUUCCUCUACCUUAACACUAUGGAUGUCUACUUUUCCCUUAAGGGGAACUAUACAGUAUAUGGAGAAAUACAUUGUGUAAAGUUUUCAUGUAAAAUAGAAAAUGAAGUGCUAUACAUAUUGUGAUGUAAUCUCCCAAGCAUUUGGUGAAGUAAUCAAUAAACCUUGAAUUCAGAUCUAUAGCAGCACUGCUUUUGUUGGUUCACUGGAAAGUUAAAUACUGUCAUCGCUGUAAUGUAGCAGCUACUGACUGGUGUGGCCUUUUGACAAUGCGUUUCUAAAGUUGACCACGAUGUGGCGCUGUAAACCUCAAACGUUAGAAUGUAUCAAAGGGAAUUUUGGGGGUAACAAAGGUUACCAUGGAGAUGUGAAACAUCCUUUGUUUUGUUUUGGGCUGUAAAGACUGAUAUAAAAAAAUAUUUUACGUUCUCGUAAAGCUGUACUGUGUUUAAUUUACUUACGAAGAAAACCMACAACGUUUAUCAAGAAAGUCAACUUAAUAUUUUAGCAAACUAAAAUUAGGUCAAAGAUGGGAUUGACCCUCUGUUAGGCUGCUAACGUAAACUGUAACCUUAAUGUAGUUGGCUAAUAACCUCGCUAACAUAGCAGGCGUUUAGAUGUACACACAUCUAGUUGGAUGAAGUAAGCGCCAUUCAAUGUCAGCGGGCAGAACAGCGAGUUAGUAAUGGCAAUUUUUGCUAAAAUUAGCAAGAUUAGCUAGCUAUCCAGUCAGCGCUCCUCCUUUUGCUCCAGCAGAAAUGACGAACAUGAUCCUGUCUGCUGAUGUUUGGAUUUCGUGCCAACCAUUCAAGUUGCGGGCCUGAGCCAUUGCACCAGCCUUGUUUUUGUUGUCUUCAAGACGUCUAUUUUCUGCAAACCCAGAAUGACACCGAUUGGCUUAAACACAGAGGACUGAUCCAAAGAGGUGUGUCACGAGCAGGUAAAACCGAGAGCCUGGGGCAAAGAAGAAAGACAAGACAAGGAAUGAUGACUUACAACAACAGAGAACUGGUGGUAUACUAUAUCACCUAUAAACUAUCACAGAGAGACUACCCCUUCAACCACAUGGAGCUCACAGAAGCCCAGAAUCGGACUGAGGGGGGGCAGGUGGAAGGGGAUGCGGCAGUCAUGACAUACGUCAACGGGACGAGUCCACCACGGCAGUCGCCCCCCUCCUCCCCUCGGCGGACAGCGGGCCUGGACGCAGUGAAAGAGGCAUUGCGGGACUCUGCCAACGAGUUUGAGCUGCGUUAUGCCAGAGCUUUCAGCGACCUGUCCUCCCAGCUACACAUCACGCCGUCCACAGCCUAUCAGAGCUUUGAGAACGUGAUGGACGAGGUGUUCCGCGACGGUGUCAACUGGGGACGGGUGGUGGGCCUGUUUGCCUUCGGAGGGGCCCUCUGUCUAGAGUGUGUGGACAAGGAGAUGAACCCCUUGGUGGGAAGAAUCACAGACUGGAUGACCGUCUACCUGGACAACCACAUCCAGCCCUGGAUCCAGAGCCAAGGAGGAUGGGACCGGUUUGCAGAGAUCUUUGGGAUGGACGCUGCAGCCGAGAGCAGGAAGUCUCAGGAGAGCUUUAAGAAGUGGCUUCUGGCGGGGAUGACCCUGGUCACAGGAGUCGUCGUAGGGUCACUCUUCGCUCAGAAACGCCUGUGAGGACGACAGCCACAACAGACGCCGUCUUGUAGGCGGGGAAAUGAAGGAAUUGGUUGACUUUUCUUAUUUCUCCUUUAAUUUCCAAGAAAAUACAUUAUGUUUGAAUCUUACAUCCCACCAUACACUGAGGACUCUGACAAACUGUUGAAGAGAGCGUGAUGGUCACUUAUGUUACCCUCAUCAAAGACCUCCCUGCAACACCCUAAAACACAAGAAAAUGGAGGGAGGAAUCUAGAAGUGUCUUGGGCCAAACCUUCCUCUUUUUCCUUUUGUCUACUCUUUCCUGUUGACCUUUUCUCCAAUUGCUGUAUUAAUUAGUUUUUACAAAUGUAAAAGUGAUUCAGAAACAAGCUAGCGCAUCAUAUUAGGCGCAUUGGCCUGAAAUUAGUGAGGUAAUUUAAUUUGUCGUGUGUUGUUCAUUGGUUUGUUUUUAUUUCGAUUUUUUUUUUACCAUUAAAACCCACGUGAUCAUU